AUGGCCAUCAGCGUCUGGUCUCGACAGAUGCUUCCUCCCGGAAUCACCAUUCCUCCUUUGCCAGUUACUACCUUGGUACCCACUGGAACCGAAGUCCAGUCGAGUGCGUCGGAUCUAUCCGUAGCCAUCUUGGGCGUUUUUCCUAUUCUCCAAAACUGGAUAGAAGAUCCUGUCGCUCAUGUCGCCGAGGUGACAGACGAGCUGGACAAUAUCAUACCCGACGCAGUUGGCUUCCUGGCCAAGCUACCAAAGCCAACAGACGGAGUUGAGCCAUGUGGGUCUGGAAAACGCCGAAGAAGCGAACGAGAUCAUGAAUUGCACGAUGUUCUCAGUGAACGCGAUUUACUCGGCGGGUUGUUCAAGACAGCAUUCUCGCUCGUCAACUGUGUCAUCAACACUACCAACAAGGUGAAGGAUGCAGUUAUCGGCGGAACGACAGCCGCAGUGGAUACUGUCAAGGGCUUACAAGAUGACCUCAAGCCGUUGCUCGAUGCUCUCAACGAAGUGAUUCCAGACGAAGCCUCCGAGUCAUCUGAGACUGAAGAACCUACGCAGACUUCCUCCUCUACAUGCACUCUAACGACCGUUAGCAACUGCAACAUUGCAUGUACAGCGACUGCAACUACGACCAAAGGAGGGCCAAACAAGCGGGCGCAAGGUGAUGUUGGGGCAUGGCUCCUUGAUCAGAUCAACAACAGUCUUAACCCUUACGGCUCUCUUGAACAGGGCCGAGGAACGACUGGGCUGACGUUCCCACUGGAAGAUACAGCGGACGAUUGGCACCUGGUCAACCUAUGGGGUUGCACAUCCGUCGUGGUCAUCUCCCGAAAACGCAUGUUUCUUACCCACAUCUGGGAAAAACCUUCCAUGGAACAGCCACAGCUUUUCCAAAGUGAUGUAUUGGAUGUUCUCCGAAAUGGUAGUCCGGAGUUUUCCCACCCCCUUACAGUUUUCACUGUGCCCGGCGAAGGCUUCGAAAACAUUGCAGAAAACAAAGUACGUGCGUUCAUCAUUACGCCGUAUAGAGAUUUUGCUAUCAACCCGGCCAGUGACGACAUUAACUAUCCAUACGAAGUAGACAAGAUCAAAAAUCUGUUAAACAACAUCCUUGGACGGAAUGACGCACUAAUCAUACCCUACUCUCCGGCUGAGGAAAAUAAUCGGGAUGAUCUGACCCCGAAAGGCAAGCUUUACAUUCAAUAUGACCCCGUGACAGCCGCUCGCGUACCAGCAGAAGGCGGUUGCAAUCAGCAGCAAGUUGCGGCGAUAGAGCUUUGGUUUGAGGAUGCUCCCACCUACCGUUAUAGAGACACAUGGCAGCCAUUCCCAGAUCAGGUUGUGCAGGCAAAGAAACGGUCCGUCGCAUCCAGUGGUAAAGACCUGCGCUUACUCAGAGGAAGAGAGGUGACGGAUGCGGACGAAGCAGAGUGGAAAGAGUACGAGGCUUUGAUGAAACGUCAAGAUGGCGACACUUGUGCUCGACCUAGCAACAGCUUGUCGGUAUCCUCGGUAUCACCCAUCCCAUCACCAGCUUCGACCGUACCUACUCCGUCCACCUUCCAGACAACGAUCAGGCCGUCAUUGAGCGACUCAACCGGCGGAAGCUCAAGCCCAAGCCCAUCGCCCUCGUCGAUAGCCACAUCACCAUCGUCACAGUCUUCCAUGACGUCGGCAACUCCGUCUCUUACUUGGGCACCGGCCCAACCUAGCACGACGAAAACACCUUCAGCAGUGCCUAAGCCAUCCCCUGCAUCGCAACCUCCGCCACCACCUCAAACCGAGCCUCCAACGAAGGCAUUAUCGGUGAUCUUCAGGAACACAAAAGGCAGUGACGAAGACUACAACAACUGGACCUUCUUCGAGAUCAAACCGAACAUGCAGGCGGACGGCUGCAGCGUUCCCGUACUCAACGACGUCUCGCGGCAAUGGUCGGAUCCCUCUGCACUAUCAACUCCACCGUGGCCGCACGGCACUUUCACAAUGCCUCUAUUUGGGGAAGAGGACUGCGAGUACCAGAGCGACGGAACUAAUCCGGGUGUGCUCCAUUGUCCUAGUAUGGGAUUAGGGAAGACUGUGGGAUGUAAGAAGGCUGAUGAGAAAGACAACCCUGAUGAUAUCACAGAUUGUCAAUAUCCGGGUCUAGAGAGGAAGAUUCAUAUUGUUGUUUAUUGUCAGUGGUAG